AUGACUGAAGAAGAUGCGGAUUAUGCUAUGCGAAUCAUGAAUAUGAUCAAACUCUACGGAAAACCAAUUCGCGUGAAUAAAGCAUCAGCAAAUCAGAAGAAUUUGGACAUCGGAGCAAACAUUUUCAUUGGGAAUCUGGACCCUGAGGUCGAUGAAAAAUUGUUGUACGACACGUUCAGUGCAUUUGGUGUGAUUUUACAAACACCGAAAAUUAUGCGUGACCCGGAGACAGGGAACUCUAAGGGUUAUGCUUUCAUUAAUUUUGCCAGCUUUGAGGCCAGUGAUGCCGCCAUUGAGGCUAUGAACGGACAGUAUCUGUGCAAUCGUGCUAUCACAAUAUCUUACGCAUUCAAGAAAGAUAGCAAAGGGGAGCGUCAUGGAUCUGCUGCCGAGCGGCUGCUCGCAUUCCAAAGCCCCUUAUCGCAAGCCGAGCGUCCUCAUCAGUUGUUUGCAGACGCUCCUCCUCCCCCUCCUCCACCACCACCGCCGCCAAGCUUGCUGGCUUCAAAUUUGGCUCCAACCGCUCCUACUUUAUCGUCUCUUGCUAUUCCACCGUUGUCAGUAACAUCGUUAAUCUUGCCACCACCGCCACCUCCUCCACUCCAAACCACUCUCGUUGGUUUUACAUCAUCCGGUAUGCCACCACCGCCACCUCCACCACCGGUGGUUCCCGUCUCUUCAGUGUCCGUCACUUCGGGUACGCUUCAGCCGCCACCUCCACCACCUCCUCCACCCCCGUCGGUGACAGUAAGCAACACUGGUGCAUUCCCUGGCCCACCACCUCCUCCACCGCCACCAUUCCAAACAUUCUCACUUCCACCGGUUUCGAAUGUCAGUGGUGUACCGCCGCCUCCGCCACCUCCACCGGCGUUUCCGAAUGCCGUUACGGGCAAUCUUCUUCAUCCCCCAAGUUUAUAA